AUGAAUCCUUCGACGCUGCUCCCCCGCCGCUUUCGCGGGGAGCCUGCUCCUAGCCAGGCUCCGGCUCCUUCGCGCCUCAACAAGAAGCUCACGCCGCUGCUGCAGUUCCUGGCCAAGCGGGCCUGUUCCCAUCCUAUACAUACAAUUGUCGUUGUUGCUCUCUUGGCCAGCACGUCUUACAUUGGCCUGCUCCAAGAGACUCUCUUUGGAGGAAACAGCGUGGGCAAGGCGGAGUGGUCAUCGCUGGCUGAUGGCAGCAGAGACUUGAUUGCUGGUCCCGAGACUGGCUGGAAAUGGCAAAACGUAGAGCACGGCCUCGAAACCUCUGCCGAGGCCGAUCACCUUGCCCUUUUGACGCUCGUUUUCCCUGAGAUUGUCUCCGAAGGUGCUUCUACUUCUGCUCCGGGCUCUCAUGCGGUGCCCUCUCCCCAGAACCUCUCCGUCACCCCUCUGCCAGCCACCAUCAACUCAUUUGCUGCUUAUGCUGGCGACAGCGUCUUGGCUUACUCUGUGCCUUAUGAACAGGCGCCAGAGUUCAUUGCUGCUGCGCAAGAGAUUCCUCUUGAAAACGCCCAGGAGGCAGAGACUCAGCAUGGUCGCGAGAAGAAGAUGUGGAUCAUGAAGGCUGCCAAGGUUGACGCCGGCCCCAACUUGGUCUUGUGGAUUCGCAACGCCUGGUCGACAUUCAUUGAUCUGUUGAAGAAUGCCGAGACACUCGAUGUCACCAUCAUGUUCCUUGGUUAUUUGGCCAUGCACAUCACGUUUGUGUCUCUCUUCUUGUCCAUGCGCCGCCUGGGAUCCAACUUUUGGCUGGCUACCACCACUCUCUUCUCGUCUACGUUUGCUUUCCUCUUUGGUUUGGCCGUCACUACUUGGCUUGGUAUUCACAUUAGUGUUCUGCUCCUUUCUGAAGGUCUUCCUUUCUUGGUUGUCACCAUUGGUUUUGAGAAGAACAUUGCCCUCACCAAGGCUGUGCUGAGCCACGCCAUUGAGCAUCGUGCACAGCAGACGAAGAAGGGAAAGAAUGAGCCCAAACAAGAAAGCGCCAUCUCCUAUGCUCUUCAAGCUGCCAUUAAGGAGAAGGGUUACGAAAUCAUUCGCGACUACGCCAUUGAGAUUGUGAUUCUCAGUCUCGGAGCUGCUUCCGGCGUUCAGGGCGGCCUUCAGCAGUUCUGUUUCUUGGCUGCCUGGAUUCUCUUCUUCGACUGCAUCCUGCUCUUCACCUUUUAUACCGCCAUUCUGAGCAUCAAGCUCGAAAUCAACCGCAUCAAGCGACACGUUAAUAUGCGCAGGGUUUUGGAAGCCGACGGCGUCAACCGCCGUGCUGCAGAGAGUGCCGCCAGAAGCGCCGACAAUGAUGAGGCUUCGGUAUUUGGAAAAAAGGUCAAGAGCAGCAGCGUUCCCAAGUUCAAGGGCCUAAUGGUUUCCGGCUUCAUUUUGGUUAAUCUCAUCAACAUCAUCACCAUUCAGUUCCGCAACGGCGCUUUCUUCCCAAGCCUUCGUUCGCUGGUUGGUGGACUUAGCGGAGUUGUCUCUACCCCUCCUGUUGAUCCGUUCAAGGUCGCAUCCAACGGUCUUGAUGCCAUCUUGGAGGCUGCCAGGGCAAAGGGCGUCGCCGUUCUCGUGAGCAUCCUCACGCCCAUCAAAUAUGAGCUCGAGUUCCCUUCUAUUCACUAUGCGCUGCCUUCGGCCACUGCACCCCCUGUGGACGACCAGCUCUUUGGAGUCGGCGGCCGUGUUGUCGGCGGCCUCCUUAGCAGCUUGGAGGACCCUGUGCUCUCCAAGUGGAUUGUCGCUGCUCUCGCCCUCAGUGUCGGUCUCAACGGCUACCUCUUCAACGUCGCCCGAUGGAGUAUCAAGGAUCCCAAUGCACCGGACCACCAAAUCGACCGCAACGAGCUUGCUCGUGCCCAACGCUUCAACGACACUGGUUCCGCCACCUUGCCCCUCGGAGAAUACGUCCCACCAACCCCUCAGCAGACCCAACCAGCUACUCCUGUCAUUACGGAUGAUGAGAGUGAUGCUGAGUCCAAGGUUAAGCCCCAAGAGGUUGAAAACCGUAGCUUCGCGGUGCUGGAAAAGAUGCUUGCCGAGAAGCGUAUUACUGAGAUGACUGAUGAAGAAGUCGUUGAGCUGUCGAUGCGUGGCAAGAUUCCUGGCUAUGCUCUCGAAAAGACGCUUAAGAACUUUACCCGCGCCGUCAAGGUUCGCAGAACCAUCAUUUCUCGCACCCGGGCCACCUCUGAAAUCACUAGCGUAUUGGAGAACUCUAAGCUACCAUUCAGGCAUUACGACUGGGAGCGUGUGUUUGGAGCCUGCUGUGAAAACGUCAUUGGUUAUAUGCCCAUCCCCGUCGGAGUUGCUGGUCCUCUUGUCAUUGACGGACAGAGCUUCUUCAUCCCCAUGGCCACUACUGAGGGUGUCCUUGUCGCCAGUACUAGCAGAGGCUGCAAGGCCAUCAACUCCGGAGGCGGUGCCAUUACCGUGUUGACUGCCGAUGGUAUGACCCGUGGACCUGUUGUUACUUUCGAUACCCUGGAACGCGCCGGUGCUGCUAAGCUGUGGCUUGACUCCGAAGAAGGCCAGACUACAAUGAAGAACGCAUUCAACUCUACCAGCCGAUUUGCCCGACUCCAAUCCAUGAAGACAGCCAUCGCCGGCACCAACCUGUACAUCCGCUUCAAGACGACUACCGGUGACGCAAUGGGCAUGAACAUGAUUUCCAAGGGCUGCGAGCACGCUCUGAAUGUGAUGCAGAACGAGGCUGGCUUUGAAGACAUGAUCAUCAUCUCCCUCUCUGGUAACUACUGCAUGGAUAAGAAGCCGGCCGCGAUCAACUGGAUCGAGGGUCGUGGUAAGAGCGUUGUUGCCGAGGCCAUUAUCCCUGGCGAUGUCGUUAAGAGCGUUCUAAAGACGGAUGUCGAUUCUCUGGUCGAGCUGAACAACGCCAAGAACAUGAUUGGAUCUGCCAUGGCUGGCUCAAUGGGUGGUUUCAACGCCCAUGCCGCCAACAUUGUCGCCGCCAUGUUCCUCGCCACUGGCCAGGAUCCCGCCCAGGUUGUGGAGAGCGCCAACUGUAUCACCAUUAUGAAGAAUCUUCGUGGCUCUCUCCAAAUCUCCGUCUCCAUGCCUUCUCUCGAAGUCGGUACUCUCGGCGGCGGCACCAUCCUGGAUCCUCAGGGCUCUAUGCUGGAACUUCUCGGCGUCAGGGGCUCUCAUCCCACCAACCCUGGUGACAAUGCCCGACGACUUGCCCGAAUCAUCGCCGCGGCUGUCUUGGCCGGUGAACUGUCUCUCUGCAGUGCCCUCGCUGCCGGUCACCUGGUCAGGGCUCACAUGGCGCACAACCGAAGCACCGUGCCCUCAGCGGCUCCCUCAGCGGCUCCCUCACGAGCCAUGACUCCGGCUCCUUCGUCGGCCUCGUUGACUAUCACCAACGGAUCCGCGGUCCGAAGGUAA